AUGGCGGUAGGCGCGGUGGUGGCGCCGAGCGCGUCGGGCGGCGGGCGGCCGGACUACCCCGGCAAGCUGACGCCGUUCGUGUUCAUGGCGAGUCUGGUGGCGUCGUCGGGCGGGCUCAUCUUCGGCUACGACAUCGGCAUCUCCGGCGGCGUGACCUCCAUGGACCCCUUCCUCCUCCGCUUCUUCCCGUCGGUGUACCGGAAGCAGCUGGCGGCGGCGGGCGGCGGCGACCAGUACUGCAAGUUCGACAGCCAGCUCCUGACGCUCUUCACCUCGUCGCUCUACGUGUCCGCGCUCGUCUCCUCUCUCUUCGCGGCCUCCGUCACCCGCCGCUUCGGCCGCAAGUGGUCCAUGUUCGCCGGCGGCGCCACCUUCCUCGUCGGCUGCGCGCUCAACGGCGGGGCCGCCAACGUGGCGAUGCUCAUCCUCGGCCGCGUCCUGCUCGGCGUCGGCGUCGGCUUCGCCAACCAGAGCGUGCCGGUGUACCUGUCGGAGAUGGCGCCGGCGCGGAUGCGCGGCAUGCUCAACAACGGCUUCCAGCUCAUGAUCACGCUGGGCAUCCUCUGCGCCAACCUCAUCAACUACGGCGCCGACCGGAUCGCCGGCGGGUGGGGGUGGCGCCUCAGCCUCGCGCUCGCCGCCGUCCCCGCCGCCGUCAUCACCGUCGGCUCGCUGUUCCUCCCGGACACGCCCAACUCCCUCCUGGAGCGCGGCCGCCCCGAGGAGGCGAAGCGGAUGCUGCGGCGCGUGCGCGGCACCGACGACGUGGCCGCCGAGUACGAAGACUUGGUCGCCGCUGGCGAGGCGUCGAGGGCCGUGACCAGCCCGUGGCGCGACAUCCUCCGGCGCAAGAACCGCCCGCAGCUGGUGAUGGCGGUGGCGAUCCCGCUGUUCCAGCAGCUGACGGGCAUCAACGUGAUCAUGUUCUACGCGCCGGUGCUGUUCAAGACGCUGGGCUUCGGCGGCGGCGCGUCGCUCAUGUCGGCGGUGAUCACCGGCCUCGUCAACCUCGCCGCCACGCUCGUGUCGGUGUUCACCGUGGAUCGCCUCGGGCGGCGCGCGCUGUUCCUGGAGGGCGGCGCGCAGAUGCUGGCCGGGCAGGUGGCCGUCGGCGCCCUCAUCGGCGCCAAGUUCGGGUGGAGCGGCGUGGCGUCGAUCCCGGCGGGGUACGCGGCGGCCGUGGUGGUGGUGAUGUGCGCCUACGUGGCGGGGUUCGCGUGGUCGUGGGGCCCCCUGGGGUGGCUGGUGCCCAGCGAGGUGAUGCCGCUGGAGGUGCGGCCGGCGGGGCAGAGCAUCACCGUCGCCGUCAACAUGCUCAUGACCUUCGCCGUCGCGCAGGCCUUCCUCCCCAUGCUCUGCCAACUCAAGUUCCUGCUCUUCUUCUUCUUCGCCGCAUGCGUCGUCGUCAUGACGCUCUUCGUCGCCUUCUUCCUGCCGGAGACCAAGGGCGUGCCCAUCGAGGACAUGGCCGGCGUCUGGAAGAAGCACUGGUACUGGAAGCGGUUCGUCGACGACGGCGAGGACGGCGCCGACGGCCGGGGAGACAUCGAGAUGGGCUGCGGCGGCGAGGCAAAGAACUAG